GACGCCGUGCGUUACGUACACGUGACGCCGCAAGGAGGAAGAGUCGCCUCUUGGAACUAGUCGCAACUACGACAGGAGCGUCUAAUUAACAGCGGGACUGGUCUAAGAAAACCGGCAGUGUCCCGCGAAAAGCGGGGCUGUUAAAAAGUAUGCGUCUAGUUUUCCUCGGUUCCUAAUAAUUUCAGCAGUAGGACAACGUUAUCAUGGCUUCUCCAGUCUGCCCGCUGCUCUGGAAUUUGCUGCUGUGUGGAAUGUGUAUGGGCACAGGUUGGCUGGCACGGGAUGGGCUUAUACGUUCUGAUCAGUUGCCCCAGUACCUGUUGGCAGAAGAACUGUCCCUUUCCUUGUUGCCUUCUUACUCCUUAGCUCCAGGACUCUCCAGGGACCCAGAUAUCUGCCUUCGCCUUCUGGCUGAAUUUGCCAACCAUAGUGCUGCCCUCAGCAGUUGCCUGGUCUCUAAUGCCAGGCCAGUCAGACUCUGCCAGAAUUGCUACACUGAAUACGUGCAACUUCAAUCUACUAUGCAAAGCAUUGAGACUCCUUCGCAGAAUGGUACAGUCAGCUGUGCUGCCAGUCUCCUGCAAUCUGACAGAGUUCAAGUCAUUGUGAUUCUAAGUGACUUUUUUGAGCAGACAUGGGAAGAAUCAAAAUGUUCACAGUGCUUACAGAAUCAAAGUCAGGGCUUGCUGAACACCACAAGUGAAUUCAUGGAUAUGUUUCUCAAACUUGGAACCUGUUUUAAUAUGAGCAUGAAGGAGCCACCAGUUGUAACACAGCAAGGCAACUAUUCUAGUGUUUGCAGAAAUUGCAGUAAGAAUUACAGAGACCUUAAUGAUCUGUACAGCAAACUAGAAAAGGAAAAGGCUCUAUGCAUUGACUUGGAAGAUGCAAUGAACAGCACGCGCAUUCUUUGGAGCAAAACCUUCAACUGUACAGUACCUUGCACUGACACUGUUCCUGUUAUUGCAGUUUCUGCAUUUAUUCUUUUUCUACCCAUAAUUUUUUAUCUCAGCAGCUACUUACACUCCGAGCAAAAGAAGCGCAAGCUCAUUUUCCCCAGCCGCAUAAAUUCACAUGCCAGUGCGGUGAAUAUUCAAGAUAAAUCUAACUGAACUGUAAAACCUUUGCAUAAAGAGCCUUUGCACUAUACAGAAAUGGUAACUUGUGUGAAGUUGAAGCUUUCUUUAAAAAAGACCUGAACCACAAGAAGGUCUUUGUUUGGACAGUAUCAGAAGGAACCAAGACUCAAGCAACACUGUCAUUGAUCAAGAUGAAUGCUGUAUCCACUUGUAUGGGCUGCUAAAAGAUUGAAGAAUUCAUUUUUUUUUUUUAAACUAGUCUGUUUACUGAAGUAAUUCUUGUAACAUCCAAAAUGGCUUUUGCAAGGCUCUGGUUCUCUAAGGCUCAUGUCAACAUGCAGCCAAGUGGUUGCCAUUAAUACAAAGGACAGGCUGGGCUUGGGAAAUUCUCUACCAACUGAAAAAGGUGCUGGAGAAUGCACUUCGUGUGCCAUGAGCCUUAGCGCAAGGCCAGACAUGGCAUUUUUACGUUGUGUAAAUACGCCACUAAAACCACACGCGACCGUCAACAUGCGUUUUUCAGCACGUAGGUUUCUUUUCCCAACAUGCACUUCUCAUUGUUCUCCUUCCCCAUAAAUCCGCUGGCUGCAAAUAGAAAAGCUAUUUAGAAAUAGAAAAACUAUUUACAUGCAAAAUGGAGCAGGAAUGAUCGUCAAUACACAACGUAAUUACGUCACUGGCUGUAAAAACCUAUAUGCGUCAUUUAUCUUGCAAGAAUUUGGACGCCAUAUUUAAAAUAUGCUGCGUAUUUACGUAAAGUGUGGUUUUAAACACUCUACUCCCAUAGAGUCUAUUGAUUUGGUAGUUUCUUGACGUAUUGGCGUUUCUGCUAAAAAACGCCAAUACUGGCGUCCUGUGGCAGAUUUCAACUUGCAAGCGCACUGUGAGAAUUGCCAUAGUGCGUUUUCCAUUAGUUUCAGUGGUAGUGCAGUUUAUGCGUAUUUACACCAAACGGAGAUUUUUUAAGAAAGCAACGUAAAAACACCACGUCUGGCUUUGCCCUAAAAAUUACUUUAUAACUUUCAUUUCUCCAUCCCCAAACUUUUAAAGCCACUGUAGUUUCUUUGUACCGAAUGUGAAUGUAUAAUUAAAUUCUCUUGCUUCGUUCUACCUUGUUCCUGCUGAAUUGUUACUGACUCUGCUGGCAGUUUCAGACACAUUUCUAGCUUUUUUUUAACAGCCACUCAGAUAUUGCUGCAGAGAGAGCACCCCCCCCUCCUUCUUUUUUUUGUACAGAGCUAUCGCUGUGCUGGCAUAGAAAUGUUCCCGUGCUCAGAACAAUGCAACAUGUCACUUGUAUAUUAGAGCCCCUUUUCAGAAAAGGGAUGAUGGUGAUAUUGGUUUCAAAUAAAAUACUGUGCUGUUAUGUACACAAAGGAGAGAACUACUUUAAGAGAAAUACAAUGUUUGAUGGAAAACUGUAUUUCAGUAGAAGUACUUCUAGUUCUAAGAAGGUUCUCUUACCAUGCAUUUGUGUUUUUAUUCCAUGAAUAGGUGGUUUAAAAAAAUAAUCAGAUUUGUUUACAGUUUUGAUAUAAAAUCAAAUCUUUCUGUAUACUGCUUGGAUCUACAACCUGUUACUUCUAGUUAUUGUAGAGCAGUUCCUAGGUUUUGUUCAUGGAAACCUGGGGGCCUCGGUUUGCCUUUGCUCAGUAUACAAAAACCUCUUUGACUUUAUUUAGAAAAAAAAAUCCCUUUUAAAACACUUCUAACAAAAAAAGGUCAAGGAUGUUGCGAAAAGCUGUUUUUUACAUAGGCAAUUGGAUAUUUUAAAUGCAGGGACAAUUUCUGUAUUUCUUUCCUCUUUGUACAGACAUGAUCAUCUCAUACAGGAGAUGAAUGUCGUGAAUUGCUUAUUGUUUUUGGUUAUUGUGCUCCAUUAUUGUGCUCCAUAGAUCAGCUGCUGCCUGCCAUGCACCCUCUGCAAGCAUUACCUUGAUUUGGUGAAUCAUAUGAUUGAGAGCUGUUCAAAGCAAUCUUUCAUUUAUGCUAAUAAAAGCUGGGUUUAUGUCUGCCAAGUUGCAGAAUGACAGCUUGUGAGUCUGUAAUCAGUGGCUUUUUGAGCAUAUUCAUGCUAAGUAGGUCUGAAAGUCAUUACUGCAGGAUAGGGCAGUUAAGCGCUUUAAAAGAGAAGUAGCUUUCACUUACGUUCUGAGCUGUGUAGCCAAUUAAAAUUACUGCACUUUUUUUUUUAACUGCAAAAAAAGUUAGGAAUUUAGAUUUCUACUUUGUCAAGGAGUACUUACUUUUAUAGCUUGAAUAAUUGUAUAACAGAUUGUAAGUCAUCCUAUGUCUGUUUUAAAGAAGUGCAUUUUUUGUGCUUUAAUGUGCAAAUAUUUUUUUAAUUGAUUUCGCUUUCUGCAAGUUUCCUUUUUUCCUCUGCUCCAGUAGUUGCGGCAGUUAAUAGCUUGAAGCUUGACACUGUGUUGAGCAGGUCGAGUUAGCCUUUGGUGACCAAAUUUGCUGCCCACCAAACCAUUUUUUAGACCAAAACACCCACUGCCUAACUAGCAAAUAUCUUUGUGAGGUUUGUUGCUAACUGUACUGCAGCAUUUUACCCUUGUGAUCCAGUUGGUGGCCAAGGGACAAACCCUCACAUUAGCCCAAAUUUACCUAUUUGUGUUGUUCAAUCAGACUAAAACCCACUACGCUGUUAGAAUUUAGGGAUACAUACAUUUUUCUCUGAUUUUUUUUUCUGAUUUGGCCUCUACCUCCCAAUCUCUGUGCACAUUGACUAGAGUGUAAUCUGCCUGUCACUGCAUACAAGGUGGAUUUCAGCAACAAAACAUUACUGUUAAUGUGCACACCUAUGGUGGCGAGGGCCAGUUUAUUCUUUGCCAGCAAAGAAACAACCCAUGUGACAAGCCUUAGUCCUAAAUGCAUCUCCUUCCACUCCCAACUUGCAGUUGGCCAGUGGCACUGAAAGAGCCAAUAGCUGAAGGAACAAAUGAACAGCUAAUUCAUGUCAUUAAUUUAUAUGAAGGACUGAUGAAUCUUUCUUCCAACAACAAACCAGGGGGUAACCACAAUUAAAAAUGGAAGGAUAGAUGGCACCAAGUCAGAGAAAUCUUAGUGUCCGUUGCAGACCGGCUAAUACAAAUACAUAUUAGUGUAUAAAGUACUUUAUAUACUUUAUACAAUACUUUAGUCUCCAAUACCUUACCCACGAGAAGCUAUUAAACAUUUACCCAAUCCACUUACUUCAGGGGCAGCACUCUCAAAGGAACCCCCUUAGGUUUUGGGAAUGUUCACUCAUUAAAAGAUUUGGAGCUUGCUUUUUUUUGUGCUUUCCUUCUAUUGCAACAGUGCAGUCUCUUCAUGGAUUCAGAGAAGAUCUUCAAAUACGCCCAACUUCUUUUCUGCAGGUAUACUGCAUUUAUUCCAAUCAACAGGUACCAUGAAAGACAAGCACCUAAACAAUUAAACCUAUGGAAAAAUGUUAUAAACCGUGAACUGCUACAAAACUAGGGGUUGCUAACUAAAAUUACAUAAGAUUUUGGCCAAACCUUUCAUUACAGAUGAUGUUGGAAGACCUUAAUUAUUGUAUCUUCAAAAUGUAAUAUCAAGGUACGUAUCUGUUUACACAUUUAAAAUGUAACUCGUUUACUUGGCACAUUAAAGUCGGAAUUUAUGUAACAGUGA